GAGUAAGUGUGUGACGUCAAGCGGCCAUUAGCCACAACCGGACAAGCAGGGGACGCCUUCGCAUCGGUCCUAAUUAUUUAAAACGGAAGGCUAUGAUUUAAAAAUCAAAAAAUUUAAUUGUUACCGGCGAACAGGUUAUUGAAGAGAAAUAAUUAUUAGAAUCCCGAGGGAGUCGAAAAGUUAACGGGAAAUAUAAUUUCAUUUGGAAGAUAUAUGAGGCGUUCCCCCCACCUUUUUUAAACCUUAUUUUUAUUUAUUUUUUUGAUAAUUUGUACUGGUGACAAGCCCGCUGUAGAAUGGACGAAAAAGCGUUCACAAAAGAAUUGGAUCAAUGGGUCGAACAGCUCAACGAGUGCAAGCAGCUUUCCGAAAGCCAAGUAAAAACACUCUGCGAAAAGGCUAAAGAAAUUUUAACAAAGGAGUCCAAUGUUCAAGAGGUCCGGUGUCCAGUCACUGUUUGCGGAGAUGUACAUGGGCAGUUUCAUGACCUUAUGGAACUUUUCAGAAUUGGUGGAAAAUCUCCGGACACAAAUUACCUUUUUAUGGGCGAUUAUGUUGACAGAGGAUAUUAUUCUGUUGAAACAGUCACAUUGCUUGUAGCACUAAAGGUUCGAUACCGUGAGCGUAUAACAAUCCUUAGAGGAAACCAUGAAAGCCGGCAGAUCACACAAGUUUAUGGGUUUUAUGAUGAGUGCCUAAGGAAAUAUGGAAAUGCUAAUGUAUGGAAAUACUUCACAGACCUUUUUGAUUAUCUUCCACUGACUGCAUUGGUAGAUGGCCAGAUUUUCUGUCUCCAUGGUGGCCUUUCUCCUUCAAUAGACACAUUGGAUCACAUCAGAGCGCUUGAUCGUCUACAGGAAGUUCCACAUGAGGGGCCCAUGUGUGACUUGCUGUGGUCAGAUCCAGAUGACCGUGGUGGCUGGGGAAUCUCUCCCAGAGGUGCUGGUUACACCUUUGGCCAGGAUAUUUCAGAAACGUUUAAUCACGCAAAUGGACUUACUUUGGUUUCAAGAGCUCAUCAACUAGUAAUGGAGGGCUAUAACUGGUGUCACGAUCGUAAUGUGGUCACUAUUUUCAGUGCACCCAAUUACUGUUAUCGCUGUGGUAACCAGGCUGCAAUUAUGGAACUUGAUGAUACUCUGAAAUACUCCUUCCUGCAGUUUGAUCCUGCACCGCGCAGAGGAGAACCUCAUGUAACACGCCGUACUCCAGAUUACUUCUUAUAAAAGUGGAUUCUAAAUAUGUACAGUAUUGCCUAAAUGAGAUGGGAAAUGAGCAACAGUGACUUUCAGAUUCUUCAGUCGUCCAACCUUAUUUAAACAUUCAAAAAACUUUCUGUACAUGGACCAAAAGGUGUGCCAUAUUUAAAACGUAGAAGCAUCAGACUAAGAAGACCAUCAUCCUUUUAAGACUGCACCAGGUUUUUGGUGCACAUGAAAGAACUCUUUUUAUCUUCGGGUCGAAAAGCCACCAUUUCUGGCCUAGUACUCUUUGUAGUUACUUUUGCUUUGUAUGUGUCUGCAGAGAUUAAAACUCAAAACAUUGAAGACAAAUGUCGCAAAUCUUGAAUUAAGUAACUUUCCAUAUAGCUCUAGCUUUACUCAGCAUGACUAUAGAUAAUGAUAGCAGAAAACAAUCAUGGAGCUUACAGAACAUUUUAGUCCCAAGGCCUACUUGUGAAUACCGAAAUCCCCUGUCCUUGAGGUAUUGUUUAAUUCAAUUGUUUUCUGUAUGCACUUUUUUUCUUUUGUCACAUGGUCAUGCUUGGUUAGUUGUACUCGGUCUGGCAUUUUUCCUUUCUACCUUUCUUCAAAAAUUGUUUGGCAGAGGUGUCCUGCUGGAAAUGAUACAUUUGUGAGGUAAUGCUUAAACAGAUCCAAAAUAUUUGUACCAGGACAAAGCUGAAUGCCAUUGUUUUUAUGGUAACACUAACAAUUUAUGAUGAAUUUAUGUUUGUAGUGAAGGCUGCAGGUGAAAAAUAUAAUAAAGAUGGACAUUGCUUCAGAGGAAAGUACUUUGUAGACAUUUUUUCUAUGCAUUGUAAAAGUUCAGAGUAUAAAAUACAGUAUGGUUUCCUAAAAUAACUGGAUUUAUAUGAUGAUGAGGCUGUAUCAUUUUAUAUUUAAACUGCUAGACAAUAUUCCUUUAGAGAGCAAGUUAUGGCAGAUAAUUAAAUAUUAAUCAUGUCUACAUUUAAAGGCUGCAUAAUUUGUAUAUUAACAUUAAAAUGUUACUGAUGUAUGCUUUAUAAAAUCUGAUGUUGAGAUCUUUGUUACAAUAUAGUGAGAAUAUCAGUGACACGGUAAAUGGUAAUCACUGUGUGAAGUAUGCUGAACGUUUGGAUAAAUAUUCUUGUAAGAUUGUGAAUACAGUAUAACAAGUUCUUGUGAUCCAGCGUUCUUUAUUAAGCUGGGUCAUCCCAAUCAGAGGGUUCAAUCCUCCGCAUAUCUGCCAACUUGAAACCUGGUAUGAUCAGAUUUGAUUUGCACAGUGUACAGACUUCCUCCUUUUUGCAAGCACAGCCAGCAUUCAAAUAAUUAACUCUCUUUAGUUUUGUAGAGUUAUUAGUUCAUGAUUGUAUUUACAGAACAUGUCAUACUCCAAAUUGUGAAGUUGACUUUGUGCCUCUGUUAAACGAGUGAGCGUGUCUUUGGCACUGCAACAAAUGAUUGGAUUAUUCAUGUUUAACUGUGCCACUGCGUUUUAGUUCUUCUGUUCAUGUCAACUGCAUGUAACAUUGAAAGUUUCAACACCAUGUCUCAAAAAAAAUGGCAUAUUUUAAAAGAAAGUAAACCAUUUAAUGACUCUGUACAAGUCUGCAGAGUCACGCAAGCAAUUGCCAAAUAAGAAAAAGUGCUUCGCCAAAAAAUGUAACACUUGAUUGGCCCAACGCAUCUACUGUAAGCACAAUCAUUACAAUCUGUUAAUUUAAAGCCUGACCACCAGUCUGUUUUUGACUUGUUAACAGAACUGGUGUCUUUAUCAGCAUUUCUAAACAGACCUAAUUUUAGUCUUUUUGUGAGUAAUUCAUUUGAGGCUUCACUUGGGUGUCAGUGAUAAAAUGAAGAUCAUGUGAUCAUCAUGAGUUCAGCUUUGCAGUCUUGAGCCAGUGUAAACGUAUGCUGCCCUCUAGUGGAAAUUCAGAAAAAUAACAGGAGGCGGCCAACUUUACUCAAACAGAAGAGAUGAAAGGCAAAAAUUGAAAAUAUGUACGUGUCUCCAUCACAGCAAAUAUUCCAUUUACAAUGCAAGAGUCUUGCCUCGGUCUAAUAAGGUAAGUGCUAUCAUGUAAACUGUCCACUCUAAAUCCUGUUGGCCUUCAAUUUGCUAGUUGGGGUUUUGUGAUAUAAUAAAUACUUGAAUAUAUUAAUAAA